AUGUCGUUCGCAAAAGAUCAACGGCCACACCGGACGCCGCACGCCUCGAACUUGCCGUCGCCGAGUACCUCGCAGAGAUCCGACACUCAGCAACAACUCUUAUCACCUUCUGGGCAACCAGCUGUCGAGCUGGAGCAGAAUCUUCUGUCCACCGAUGGCGCUUUGCCUAGCCGAGACGAAGUCACCUCGCUCAUCGAGGCUUAUUUCGAGCACAUCUACGCAUUGCCCUGGUACGCCUUUCUGCAUGAGCGCUCGGUCAUGCAAAGGUAUCGUGAAGGUAAAAUUGAAGAAUGCCUGACGCUUGCGAUCUGCGCCGUCACCGUCCAACGCCUGCACAUUGAACCAUACGCUCACGGCCUGAGUGCCCAGUGGGCCCAAAAGUCCGAGGACAUCCUGUUACAGUAUCUCGAGAGCCCUUCGACUUCUCGACUCCAAGCUCUCAUCUUGAUAGUGCGGUAUAGGGUCGAGGUUGGCCACUUCUCGAGGGCUUUCAUGCUGGCUGCCCUCGCUGGCAGAUCGGCCGUGGCGCUUCGACUGAAUUACGAACGGCCUGAGUUGCGGUUCUUGGCCCAAGAAGUCCGCCGUCGGUUGAUGUGGUCAUGUUUUGCCCUGGAUGGGAAUUUCUCGGUUGGUCUCCGUGAAUUUGAGACUUGUCCACCGGAACACGUCUACCUUCAACUUCCGUGUCCGGAAACAGCCUUCGAAGAAGAUGCCCCAGUCGCGACGGCACCCCUUCGAGCAACCUCCUUUGACAAGCCUGAGCCUGCUUCUUUCGUCCCGCCUGACGAGCUCAUGCAUAUUGUACGCCGGUUUGAGGACGAGUUACAACAUCUUUACCGCAGCCUUGCCGAAUCUGAUCGAUACAACCCCCGGAUCUUCUCAUACUGUGCACGACCAGCCCGUAUCCUCAUGGUGCACGAGUGUUGGCAUCAAGCAUAUACCGAUCUUUACAGGAUAUUUCUGACUGGGUAUAGAGAAGCUGCACCUCCCUCGGCGAUGGAAGGCAUUCCUCGCGAGGAGAUUCUCCGGAGGCGCACACUCUGUUUGAACCAUGCUCUCUCAAUUGUCCAGAUCUUUGCAGCCUUCUCGGAGCAGUGUAAGGUCCAGACUAUUGAUUUCGACACGGCCAUCUGCGCAUAUCAUAGCGCCCGCAUCGUCCUUUUCAACGCCCAGACAGAUGUUGUGACACAAAGUCUGAGUAUGCCCGCGGCCUUGGAAAAGGCUGUCUUCUGCCAGUCCAUCAUGAAUCGCUACUUUCGUGAUUCUCCCGUGGUGGAGCCGAUGAAGAGAGAACUCGAGUUGCUCAUCGCACGACACUCGUCUGAAAGCAGCGCCAACCCCGGCAUACAAGUGCCUCCGCCAGAAGAGAUUCUGGAAGGCCACCUGUCGAGGCUCGCAGACGAGGCUCGAACCCGGCAGAGACUCGCCAUUCACAGUUUAAUUGGCAGAGCAGAUUUUGUAGAUGACAGCAACGAGGUUACAAGUCCUGCACCACCGGGUGAGUAUCCGACGGCGACUGUUAACGCCGGGGCAAGACCGCAACGGCAACGUUCGAUACGAAACAAUCCCAACGUCAAGGUCGCGCCUCAGGUUCUUCGGUCUCACAGCCUCCUCGGAGCCGCUCAUGCCACCCAGGCCAAACAAGCCAACCAAGCCGUUGAGCCUGUGAUUAACGAGCCGACAAAUUAUGCGCAGGAAGACCAGAACCAGUGGCUCGAUGGGAUGCGACUGGCCUUUAACCCUUGGAUGGGUUGGCCAGAGACUCUGGAAACAUAUGGCUUCACCCAAGACCUUGAUGAUGACUAUUUCUGA